UAGUUAUUUUUGUAUUUUUAAUAGAGACGGGGUUUCGUCAUAUUGGCCAAGCUGGUCUUGCAAGUGAUCAUAUUGGCCAGGCUGACCGCAAGUGAUCCGCCCACCUUGGCCUCCCAAAGUGCUGGGAUUACAGGCGUGAGCCACCGCGCCUGGACCAAUUCUAGUUAACUUUUUAAGGAACCGCCAAACUCUCUUCCACAGUGUGGGGUCAAGCCACUUCUAAGACUCCCAUUAAACACCCAGGAGGAAGUGUCCAGUGGGCAGUGGGGUAUUCUAGCACCGAGUCAGGGGAGGGGUCCAAGCUGGAGCUGAAAAGGAAAGGUGAGGCCCCAAGCAGGAGGGCGAUGGAGCUCACUGAGGCUCUGGAAGGUUCACCUUCCAACCCUCUGCCCAUCCCCACCAGCAGCAAUGUUGUUGACAGUGGUGUGGUCCCUAGACACACACACGACGGAAAGUGGCAUAUAAUAGAAAAUAACACCGAGUGAUAUUUAUUGACUCAAUCCCAUCCACCCCCUCCAUCCCUUUAUGCUGCUUUCAUUUCUUCACGGCUUCCUUCAUCAUUCCUUUUUAUUUCUUCACAAUUGGCGUCAACAUGUGUCCCAUUCAUUUGUGUCCAUCUGCUGACUGUCCCCCCUCACUAGCAUGUAAACCCCCGUAAAGGCAGGAACGCUGUGGGCUUACUCACGGCUGCAUCCUCAGCCCAGGGAGGCUGCUCAGGAGACAUUUAUUGAAUGAAGAUUUGCAGAACGAAUGCACACCCCGUGCAUCAUGCCUGCUCCUGGGAAGCUCUGUGGCAGCCUCUCGGCAGCUAGCUCAGGGCAGGGGCUGUUCAGAUCAGGUUCUUGCAGAGAGGAAACGUAAGACUCCGUGGGCAGUCACCCCAGACCCCUGGGGGGUUCCUCUUGCAGGUAGAGCUCAGACGUUUCCUUCUCCCAGAACCCGAGGCCAGGCAUCCUUCCCACCCCUAUCAUCCCUCUAGGUCCACGGGGGUGGGCGUGUCUGGGACUUGGCUGGACUGUUGCCACAGAAACAGCUGGAAGACCUGCCCACCACCACCACCACCAACUCCCACCUCUCUUCUGCAUCACCUUUUCUCUCUCUUUUGAGACAGGGUCUCACUCUGUCAACCCAGGCUGGAAUGCAGUGGUGAAAUCACAGCUCCCUGCAGCCUUGAUCUCUGGGACUCAAGUUAUCCUCCCACCUCAGCCUCCUGAGUACCUGGGACUACAGCCUGGCGGCCCAGUGCGACCCCCUGCAAGCCCCAUGCCGGCCCUCCUGCUCCUCGUACUCCUGGCCUCUAGCGCCGGCCAGGCCAGGGCGCGCCCGUCCAACGCCACGAGCGCCGAGCCCGCGGGCCCGCUGCCCGCCCUGCUGGCGCACCUGCGGCGCCUGACCGGGGCGCUGACGGGCGGCGGGGGCGCGGCGAGCCCAGGCGCCAACGGCACCAGGACCGGCCCCGCGGGCGGGGCGGGCGCGGCGGCCCGGGCGCCCCCUCCCGCCGAGCUCUGCCACGGCUACUACGAUGUCAUGGGCCAGUACGACGCCACCUUCAACUGCAGCACCGGCUCCUACCGCUUCUGCUGUGGCACCUGCCACUACCGCUUCUGCUGUGAGCACCGUCACAUGCGCCUGGCGCAGGCCUCCUGCUCCAACUACGACACGCCGCGCUGGGCCACCACGCCGCCGCCGCUAGCUGGGGGCGCCGGGGGCGCUGGGGGUGCGGGCGGGGGGCCAGGGCCCGGCCAGGCCGGGUGGUUGGAAGGGGGCCGGACUGGGGGUGCCGGGGGCCGCGGGGGCGAGGGCCCCGGGGGCAGCACAGCCUACGUCGUGUGCGGGGUCAUCAGCUUCGCCCUGGCCGUGGGCGUCGGCGCCAAAGUGGCCUUCAGCAAGGCGUCCCGUGCGCCCCGGGCGCACCGGGAUAUCAACGUGCCCAGAGCUCUGGUGGACAUUCUGAGACAUCAGGCGGGGCCUGGGACCCGCCCGGACCGGGCCCGAAGCAGCUCCCUGACCCCGGGGAUCGGCGGUCCCGACAGCAUGCCCCCAAGGACGCCCAAGAACCUCUACAACACCGUGAAGACCCCCAACCUCGACUGGCGAGCCUUGCCGCCGCCCAGCCCCUCCUUGCACUACUCCACGCUGUCCUGCUCUCGGUCCUUCCACAACCUCUCGCAUCUGCCCCCGUCCUACGAGGCUGCGGUGAAAUCCGAGCUGAACCGCUACUCUUCCCUCAAGAGGCUGGCCGAGAAGGAUCUGGACGAGGCCUACCUGAAGCGCCGGCCCCUGGAGUUGCCCCGCGGCACGCUGCCCCUGCACGCGCUGCGGCGGCCGGGCACCGGGGGCGGCUACCGCAUGGAGGCCUGGGGCGGCCCAGAGGAGCUGGGCCUGGCGCCCGCGCCCAACCCCCGGCGGGUCAUGUCCCAGGAGCACCUGCUGGGCGAUGGUGGCCGUUCGCGCUACGAGUUCACGCUGCCGCGCGCGCGCCUGGUGUCGCAGGAGCACCUGCUGCUGUCCUCGCCCGAGGCCCUGCGCCAGAGUCGCGAGCACCUGCUGUCGCCCCCGCGCAGCCCCGCGCUGCCCCCCGACCCCACCGCCCGGGCCAGCCUGGCCGCCUCACACUCCAACCUGCUGCUGGGGCCCGGGGGGCCCCCAACACCGCUGCGCGGGCUGCCGCCACCGUCCAGCCUGCACGCCCACCACCACCACGCCCUGCAUGGCUCGCCGCAGCCCGCCUGGAUGUCCGACGCCGGCGGGGGCGGGGGCACACUGGCCCGCAGGCCGCCCUUCCAGCGCCAGGGCACGCUGGAGCAGCUGCAGUUCAUCCCGGGCCACCACCUGCCCCAGCACCUGCGCACGGCCAGCAAGAACGAGGUGACUGUCUGAGGCCAGGGCCGGGUCUGGGGGGCUGCGGCCUCCCGGGCCCCCCGUCCCAGCCUGGAUCCCCCGCGACACAGGCGCACACAUGCCAGGGGCCUGGGGCCCAGAUCGGCCCUUGGACAGGAGUGAAAGCCUCCUUCUGGGAUGUCCUGGCAGACAAGAUUCCUCCUCCUAUUACUUCACUGCUUGAGCCAAGGCCUCCUUCCCAUGAUGUCAUCCCAGAGGAAGAGGCCGGCCCAUGAGGUCAUCACUAGCAAAAAUGUCUGUGUUCUGUGACGUCAUCACAGGGACAAAGCCUCGUUCCCAUGAGGUCAUCACAGAGGAAGAGGCCGGCCCGUGAGGUCAUCG